ACAGCUAUUCUCUCUCAUUCCCUGGUAAAAAAUUCCUCCAUUGCUUUUCAAGCAAACCUUGUAUGACUUUCCAGAUUCUUUUACCCUAUUAGCCUUCUUUCCUUCUGUCUAUGUUUUCCCUCUGUUUUCUUAACACAAUCUCCUAGCUUUGUAUAUUCUAUAUGUAUAAAGACGCUUCUGCUUGAAUCAUAGAAUGAGCAGUGAAGCGUUGAUGGAGAAACCAAUGAGUGGAAAGUGCCGCUGCCGACACCAAUCCUGGUACCUUGUUUUGAUCUCUUUUCUUUUAUGGUUUACAUUGUUUUACUUGUAUUCUUCGUCUAUAACGUUUGGCAAGAACGGAGAUAGUUUCUUAGGCAACAACCAUACGGAUUUUGUAGAGUCAUCUGAGUCUUUUCAUGAUGUUGCUAGACAAGAAACAGGAGAUUCUACUGAUGUUACAGAUGUCAGUGGUGGAGAUAAUGUGGAAGAGGCCAGUAAUGAACCAGAAAAAGAGCCAAAGCCAAUGAGUUUUUCCGUUGAUGGGGCUGAAAAUGUUGAUCAGGUAUUGGCUUUGGACAAAGAUUUGGAAGCUGACAACCAAACAAUGGCUGAAGAGAAUGAAACUGAAUCUGUGGAUAUAUUUUCUGGCAAAGAAAAUGGAGAUGAUCAAUUAAGUAUUGAAGCAGUUAAUACCAGGGAUGAGGAUAAUAAACCUUUUGAUCCAUCUUCAAUGGAAGAAAAAGGAACGGAAGAAGUGGCCAAACAAAAGGGAACUGAGAGUGUUUCCGAACUACAAAGAGAAGAGAAUGAAGAUCAACCUGUUGACUCAUUUCCCAUUGUCAAGAGCAAAAGGGAAAGGGCCAAGCCUUCCAGGGGAAGAAAUGGGAAUAAACCUGCUGAUUCCUCUCCAGUCGUGGAGAAAAGAAUAGAAAACGUUGCUGUGGAAAUACCAAGAAGACAAAAUGUGCUAAGAGCUAAAUCUGAUUCUUCUUCCUGUUCCGGGCGAUACAUAUAUAUUCAUGAUCUCCCCAGGAAAUUCAAUGAAGACUUACUAGACAACUGCCGGUCACUUAGUUUCUGGACAGAUAUGUGUGAGUGCGCAUCGAACCUUGGCCUAGGUGCCACUCUUCCAAGUAAUGAAAAGCUUUACUCAAGAACAGGCUGGUUUGCUACAAACCAAUUCUUAUUAGAAGUCAUUUUCCACAACAGAAUGAAGCAGUACAAGUGCUUAACUAAAGAUCCAUCUGUCGCUUCAGCAAUCUAUGUUCCAUACUAUGCUGGCCUUGAUGUUGGUCGCUACCUUUGGGAUCCUGAUGGGUUUAUGAGAGACUAUGAUGCAGUUAAUCUUGUCAAGUGGCUCGCUGCAAGACCUGAAUGGAAAAAAAUGUGGGGUCGAGACCAUUUCCUGGUAGCAGGAAGAAUUAAUUGGGAUUUCAGGAGAGAUCCCAAAAACGAGUCUGAUUGGGGCAAUGAGCUUCUGAAUUUUCCUGAAUCAAAGAAUAUGACAAUGUUGGUAAUUGAGUCAAGUCCAUGGAACAACAAUGACUUCGCGAUACCAUAUCCGACAUAUUUUCAUCCUUCAAGAGAUGAUGACGUGUUUCAAUGGCAGAACAGAAUGAGAAGACAGAAAAGGCGAUUCUUGUUCUCUUUCGCGGGUGCACGAAGGCCUAAUCUCCAUGAGUCUAUCCGCAAUGAAAUUAUUGAUCAGUGCCUAGCUUCAAGAAGGAAAUGCAGGUUCCUUGAAUGUGAUAAAAGCCAGAAGUGCCACAAGCCAGUUUAUUUGAUGAAGUUGUUUCAAAGUUCUGUGUUCUGUUUACAGCCUCCAGGGGAUUCCUACACCAGGAGGUCAAUAUUUGAUUCAAUUUUGGCUGGUUGCAUUCCAGUUUUCUUCCAUCCAGGUUCAGCUUAUGUUCAAUAUAUAUGGCAUUUCCCCAAGGAUUAUACCAAAUACUCCGUGCUGAUACCGGCAAAUGAUGUGAAAUCUGGGAACGCCAACAUUGAAAGAAUACUGCAACGAAUCCCGAGAGAGAAAAGAGUAGCUAUGAGGGAGGAGGUUAUAAGGUUGAUUCCAAAGGUGAUAUAUGCAGACCCCUCAUCAAGAUUGGGGACUAUCGAAGAUGCAUUUGAUCUCACAAUUAAAGGAGUUCUUGACAGAGUUGAGACGGUGAGGAACCAAAUGAGAGAUGGGCAACCAGUGAAUUCCGAAUUUGAUGAACAAGAGUCUUGGAAGUAUUUCACAUUUGGGAAACUAGGGGUCCAUGAAUGGGACCCCUUUUUUUCAAGCAAACUUGGGAAACCUGGCACAUGAAUAUGAUAAAGAGGGGGGCGGGGUUCCAUGAAUGUCAAGUUAGGGACAAGUAUUAGCAAAAGAACUAGAGGAAGAAACAAAGAGGUUUUUGUUUUGUUGUAGUUGUAAAUACUAUAUCAAUUUAGAAUACGUUCUUGAAAGUGUUUCUGUGGUUGUCUUUUGCAAUGAGUAGUGACUUUUCGGUAGGUUCUCUUCCAUUGAUGCAUGAUUGUGUAUUUGCUUAACAAGU